GAUAAUUUGUAUAGCAGUGACACAAUAGUACUGUGAAAAAAUACAUGAGUUAUUUUUUAAAUUUUUUGCUAUGGAAAAAUGAUUUUUUUUUUAGUAAAUUUAUUAAAUUAUUUGAUUCGUGUAAAAGUAAAUUUAAUUCGAGUAUUGCUACGAUUUGUUUAGGUGCCACGUGCAUCGGACUGACGAUAGGCUGGCCAGAAAUUUCUUCGUCAUUUUAUGUCGAGACGAAAUAUUCAAAUGGCACUUGCUGCGUUAAGGCGGAAAAUAUUAAAUCGACAACGCGAUUGUUGUUAAAUAUUGGAUCUUGUUUAGGCGCAUUAUUCCCGGCUUUUUUUGUUGAUAUUUAUGGGCGUAAAUCCUGUUUCGUUAUUUCAGCUUGUUGUAAUUUAAUGUCUUGGUUUAUUUUUAUUUUUGCUGAUGACAAUUUAUUUUAUAUGCUUGGAACUGCGAUCGGUGGGCUGUCAACAGGAACAUUCGCAGUGACGACAGCUAUUUACAUUACCGAAAUAACCUCACCAAGUAUGCGGAGUACAGUCGGCACAUUAGUUGCAUUUUUUGCAUACUCGGGAAUUUUUUUCGGCACCUCCUUAUCCGUGUACAUACAUAACAGAUUAGUUCCAUUAAUAAUAUGUCUGUUUACAUCUGGAUUUAUUUUUUCUGCAAGUUUUCUUAUGAUCGAAUCCCCGUUUUUACUUUAUCAACAUGGAAAGACGUUAGAAGCGAAAAUCGCACUAAAAAAACUGAGAGGCGUCAAAAAAUAUUUACAAGUUGACAACGAAUUCAAAAUAAUGGAGGAUUCUUUUAAAUCAAAAUCUCAAUUGUCACUUUCAUCAUCGAUCUACGAUGGUAAAUAUCUGUCACUAGCAUUCAUGGGCAUAAAAUCCCGCCCAUGGGUAAGAUGGAUAAUGUUUAUUCUAUUUUUAACCCAACUAAUCGGCAGUUACGCGUUAGAACAAUUCACGACAAAUUUCAUUGAAAACAUUUUUCCAUAUUUCGGUAACAUGUUACUAGCGUUUUUGGACAUUAUUUCGAUAGUACUUUUCAUAUAUUUGGCUAAUAAAAUAGGCAAGAAACGAGUGAUUAUAAUAUCAAUAAGCGGACUGAGUUUCAGCUGCUUUAUGUUUGCGAUUGAUACAGUUUUCAAUAAAUUUGAUGACAAAAUAUUCACAGCCAACACUAGAAUAUUUCCAUUCAUUAUUAUAUUUUUGUACUGCUGUUCGUAUUCGCUGGGCAUUACGCCUGUUCUGCCGUUAAUAAUGGAAGGAGCGGGAGAUUUUUCAAAUCGCGCCCGGAGUAUUAUCAUUGGAUUAUGUAUUUCCGGAUUGUAUCUUAUCACCAUUGUAAAUCAAUGUCUUUUUGAACUUUUGAAUUUUGGCAAUAGUACUUACAGUGCUUUUACAAUUUUUACUAUCAUCGGUUCACUUGGUUUAUUUAAUGUCUUUAUUUAUUUACCAGUAUCUUCUAGUGAAAUUGAUGAUGCCAUUAAUGAUGUUAUUAUUUUUUAACUUUCAACUAAAAAUUUUUUUGAAUUUUUGGAAAAAUAAAUUUUUUUAUGAAAACUUA